CGCGCGAACCCCGGGUGCGGGAAAUGUAACCAGAGUGGAGCGGGGCAGAGGAUACAUUUUAUCCGGAGGGGAGCCGUGGUUCGGAGGAGGAGGAGGACGAGUAAAGGGCGCUGGGGAGAGUAAAGUAAAAACACCGAACAAACAUGCGGGGAAAUCAUUCUCUUCACCAGCAUCAGGAAGAGGAAGAGAAUUCCAUGCAAGACAGGCUGGGCAUUAGCGACACUUCGCUGGCCAGGUACCUGGACGGGCAGCACUGGCAGCUGAAGAACCAGCUCCGGCAGCAGACCGCGCAGAGCCCGUUGUUCCGGCAGCACAGGUAUGACCUCAAUCUAGAUGAGAUGCGCGACCUAUCUUCUGAACGAGUCAAGUAUGUUAUAAAGUUACCGACGGUCCAACAACAAUUGGAAGAACAGAUAGAAAAGAAAAAGCACUGCAUCAAUAAAAGUCUGGCUAUUGGAGAAGUACUUUCCACAGCUGAUCUUACAACUGGAGUAAAGAUGGGUGUGGUCUGCUGGUUGUUCGGUGGGGCAGUUAUCAACCUUGGCAGCCAGAUACACAUUGAAAAGUGGCUUCUGCCUCUAAAGGACUUAAAAUUUACCGGGAUGUUUGCGAUGACGGAACGUGGACAUGGCAGUAACGUGAGAGGCAUCCAGACUCGAGCAACAUACGAUCCAGCAUCCCAGGAAUUUAUUAUUCACACGCCGUGUGAAGAUGCGGCGAAGAUGUACAUUGGGAAUGCAAUGAAGGGAAACUACGCUGCUGUGUUUGCGCAACUGAUUGUCAAUGGAGCAUUGCUAGGUCCUCACUGUUUUAUUGUGCCUAUUCGAGAUCAUGCAGGCAAUGUGCAUCCAGGAGUCACUGUAAUUGAUAUGAUGCACAAGGAAGGUCUGAAUGGAGUCGAUAAUGGAAUUCUUGUGUUUAAUAAUGUUCGAAUUCCAAAAGAAAAUCUCCUGGACAGAUUUGGUUCAGUAUCACAGGAUGGUGUUUAUCAGUCACCCAUUAAAGAUAGAAGUGCUCGGUUUAAUGUGAUGUUAGCUGCCCUGACACCGACAAGGAUUGCCUUAAUAUUUCAGGCACUGGGAGCCAUGAAGCUUGGAUUGACAAUCGCCAUUCGUUACAGUCACAGCCGGCGGCAGUUUGGACCCAAGGACAAAGAAGAGGUGAAAAUCAUCGAGCACCAGACCCAGUACCUUCGCCUGAUGCCUCACCUUGCUGCCUCACUCGCUCUGACGUUUACAAGCAGGUACGCGGGAGAGAUACUGGAUGAAGAUAUGUACCAAGGCAGGAACCUGAUCAAUAAUCGCUCAUUGCAGGCGUUGGUGGCAGGCCUGAAAGCUUACAGCACCUGGGAAAAUCUAGCUUGUUUGCAGGAUUGUCGCGAGUGCACUGGUGGUAUGGGUUAUAUGAUGGAGAAUCGGAUUCCAGGCCUAAAAUGUGACUCAGAUGUAUUUGUAACCUUUGAGGGAGACAACGUUGUGAUGCUACAGGUGGUUGUCCGUGAACUUUUAGCUCAGUACGCAAGACAAUAUGAAGAAAGACCCGCUAUUGGAUUGCUGAGAAACUGGAUUGCAGCCACAACCGACAGCUUAAGGACCAGUGUCCUCGCGUUCAAUACAGACACAGUGGGCAGCCUGAGCUUCUUACUGAAAGCGCUGAAUUAUCGAGAGAGGGUGCUUCAACGCAGCUUGGCAGCUAGACUCCACAGCAAGGUAAUGAAAAAUAAAGAGGAACCCUUCAGUGCAUGGAACUCAUGCCUCCACCACGUUACUUGCCUUGCUUUGGCACACAUUCAUCGAGUGACCUUAGAGCAGUUCUGGAAAGCAGUGGAAGAAUGCCCAGUCCCUGAAGACCAGGCUUUACUGAAGAAGUUUUGCCUUUUACAUGGAACUAGCCUCCUUUACCAGGAACGAGCCUGGUAUCUGGAGCACAGAUACCUGACGCCAACAACAAGUGUGCAGAUAAGGAACCAGCUAACCGAGCUUUGCAGGUCGGCGAAGGAUGACGCCCUGACGGUGCUCUCGGCUUUCAACAUCCCCUCGGUGACAGUCCAUGCUCCGAUAGCCGGUAUAGCCAACCCCCGGGCAACCUGGGCUUUCUAUCCCAAACCUCACUUGGAUCAUCCCAGCCUCGCCAAAACCCGCGCCAAACUAUAAAUGCCGUCGGAGUUGCCAGACCGUGCUUUUAAUCUAGGCUACUUUCAACAUCAUGAAACUGUCAUAACUAUGAUCGGUUUGUUUUGAGCUAAGUAGCAUGAAGUAUAUUGAUUUCCACGGAAACGGACAUUAUCCCACUGAAGAUAUCUAGAUAUAUUGGGAAUGAAAAAAUAUAUAUACACAGAGAUUAAAAUAAACACAUUUUCAUUCCAGACGGGUCGGUUGUAUUCGUGUGCCCCAAUCUGUUAUCAUGCGGGUUUUUGACUUGGCUGGUUCGUGUGGGUGGACAGCGCUACUUUCUCAGUUGAUAACUAUCUCUUUCAGACCAAGCCUCCCUUGAAAAGACCAAAAACACCGCCUCUGCGCAAGAACCGAUGUACACAUAAACAUUCAGAAGGAAAGACUAUAGGAAUGAUCAGAGGGCUUCAAACAGGGUUUUUUUAAUUCUCUUUUUGAAAAUGAAACUUGCGGUUUUGUUAAAAUGUAUCGAUCUUUUUCUUCUUUCGGUGUAUGCAUAAUUUCAAGGCAUUUUAUAUAAUUGCUAUAGGCAUUGUACAGUGUUCAUUUAACGAUUUGUGGUAGUUGGUCCAACCCGCGCUGAAGAGCGACUCUCAAGUUGUUUUACAGUACCCACAUUUAACCAAUAUACUGGAAGUAAAACGGCGCUUAUACAUAAGUACUAACCGCAGCGCUGGAAUUACCGAUGUAAACCAGAGCAUAACGAAGCCUCGCGAUUAAGUUUAUGUAUACAAAUAUCUCCCUACAAUCAUUAACUUUAAGCGCAUUCAGUCAUUCCUACCGCGCUAUUUCUGAGCGGUACCCCUCGUAUGCAAGGAAAUAAAGCAUAAUUGCAAACCAUUGUACUCUGUAAAUAUAAUAAAUAGAAUCCUAUCCGCCAAGUGCACUAUACUUUCAAU